AUGGCAAACGUUCAGAUGCAAGAUAAUCGAGUCAUUGAUAUUAUCAAAUUGCUGAGGCUAGAAGGAUUAUUUAGAGCCCCUUCAAGAGAGAUAGAUAAUUGCCUAAUAUCGGCCCUAGUUGAGCGAUGGCGGCCGGAGACUCAUACUUUCCAUCUUCCACAUGGUGAGAUGACAAUCACCCUACAAGAUGUGGAGGUAAUUUUCGGACUUCCUAUAGACGGUGACGUCUUGGUUGGGCCGACUGCUGUGGUGGAUGAUGGGGCUUGGAGGCGAUUGUGUACGGAGUUGCUGGGUUUUAGUCCGCCGAAUGACAAUAAAACAUUGGUGGGGCAAAGAAUUCUCAUAAGCCGACUUGUUGAGGCCGUUGCAGCGCCAUUGCCUCAUGACGCAACGGAGAUGCAGAUACACCGGUAUGCCCAGUGCUAUAUUUUAGCGCUAAUAGGGGACAAACUUUUCAUGGACAAGUCAGGAGAUAGGGUGCAUUUGAUGUUCCUAGACUUCAUGCGUAACCUUCGUGAUCCGCCACAGUAUAGUUGGGGUAGUGGUUGCCUGGCCUGGUGGGUGCGGGUGCCAAGCCCGAAGAGUAGGCCAUCCGGCAUGGCCUUAGUCCACUAUCGCGAGCUAUUAGUUACAAUGCAGCCAGAGCAGAUUGUGUGGCAGCCAUACGAGGCACACUUCGGCCACCUUCCUGAGUUCUGCGUUGCAGGGAGGGAUACGUGGACAGCAAGGGUGCCGCUUGUGUGUUUUUACAUAGUAGAGAGACACCACCCAGACCGUGUCCUUCGACAGUUUGGCUUGGCGCAGGAGCGGCCUGACCAUGUUGUCUACGAUGAUAGGCUGCAUAAAAUCGACUUACGUGGGAAGGUGGAAAAGAAUUGGAGGGAGGAGCAUCGACCAUAUAUCAUUUCCUGGGAAAUGAGACGACAACAACUUUGUCAUGCACCUCCUCAGAUUGGUGAGAUGCCCCGCAAUCAUGCCUAUUACGUCUGGUACCGUCCGGUCACUCGAAAGUAUGUCGACCGCAACAGCGCUAAAUUAGAUAUUAUGAUUCAAAGCCAUUUAGCGCUGUUGGCGAUGCUUCCUGAAGGCAGCCAAGCUCACAACCAUGUCCGGCGUGUCCUAAAUAAUGUGGCUGGCCUUGGUGGUGGUCCUGCAGUAAAUGAGCAUGCAAACAAUGGGGAUGAGACUGAACUAGCAGCUGCUGCAACCCCAAGCACAAGUGCAGCACCCGUAAGUACACCGACCCGUGGUCAUCGUGCUACUACAAGCCCAAGCACAAGCGCAGCUAGGGGUCGUCUUUGGCCUGCUACAGCAACCCCAAGCACAAGUGCAGUCAGGGGCCGUGGUCGGCGUGCAACAACCCCUCGGGUUGUAACUACUCUUGAGAUGCCUCCACCCAUCCCGCAGGCAUCUCCUCAGCCUGAGGUCCCUUCACCCAUCCCAUAUGCAUCUCCUCAGCCUGAGUAUUGA